UCCUCUAACCCCGAGGAGUCGGCGGUGAUCGGGCAGGGGUCGUUGGCCGCUACGCUCGCACUUAGCUACUUACACCUCUGCUCCGGAUCCCCAGGGCUGUGCGGGACAUGGCGAACUCGGGCUGCGAGGACGGCCAGGGUGGGGAGGAGACUUUUUUGUACUUCGCCUACGGCAGCAACUUGCUGACGGAGAGGAUCCACCUCCGGAACCCCUCGGCCGCGUUCUACUGCGUGGCCCGCCUGCAGGAUUUUAAACUUGACUUUGGCAAUUCCCAAGGCAAAACAAGUGAAACUUGGCAUGGAGGUAUAGCCACCAUUUUUCAAAGUCCUGGCGAUGAAGUGUGGGGAGUAGUAUGGAAAAUGAACAAAAGCAAUUUAAAUUCUCUGGAUGAGCAAGAAGGGGUUAAAAGUGGAAUAUAUGUUGUAAUAGAAGUUAAAGUUUUAACUCAAGAAGGGAGAACAAUAACCUGUCGAAGUUAUCUGAUGACAAAUUAUAAGCGUGCUCCCCCAUCACCACAGUAUAAAAAGGUUAUUUGCAUGGGCGCAGAAGAAAAUGGUUUGCCACUGGAAUAUCAAGAGAAGUUAAAAGCAAUAGAACCAAAUAACUAUAAAGGAAAGGUCUCAGAAGAAAUAGAAGAUAUUAUCAAAAAGGGGGAAACACAAACUCAUUAGAACAUAACAAUUCAAUAAGGAUAUUCUCUCUCUCUGUGCUAACAUAAAAUAUUUUUAACAUUCGAGACCAGGGAUCUGGGAUAUGUCCAUGUUUCAUCGAUUUUCAUCAGUUCUCUGAAGGGCUAUCUCACUUGCGUGAUUCCUUGUUUUCAGACUAUAAAAGGAAAUUGGUUUAGGAGUUAGACAAUAAAAAAGGGCCCUAUGAAACCCUGGAGUGCAUGACAAAUGGAUGUGGGUACACUUUCUGUAAACACAAAAGCUAUUUUCUUGAGUUGAUCUUAAGUGUCUUCUUGUGUGGCAAAGGGCAGAGUUGCAGCUUGCUUGAUGAUGGUACUGGUGAAUUCUGCUCUACCCGGGAAUUUUUUUUAAUCAUCUUCAUAAGAGUAAGCAAACUGCAGAGUUGGUUGGAAAGAUUAUACACACUAUUUUUAGAGGAAUAAAUGUACUUGUGGUGUAACCUGUUUUUUCCUACUAAAGUACUCCAUUUCAUUAUGUUGUUAGACUCAAAUCAUUACACAUACAGGGUUUCGUCUUGGCCAGAUAGGGUCUAUACUAGAGUAGUAUUAGACAGACUCUAGAGGCAGAUAGCCUACCACUUUCUAUCUGUGAGACUUUGGGUUAUUUGUUUCUCUGUGCCUGAGUUAUCUUACCUGUAGAGUAAGGAUAAUUAAAACACAUAUCUUAAGAUUGUUUUGAAGAAGAG